AUGGCCAAGUUGUGGGAGGUAACUCAAUUCAAUGUGAGGACGAGUGCCAGAGACAGCACGUCGGACAGCCUUUUUGCAAAUGGCCAGAUGCAGGUGAAGGUGAUUGUGUCUAUCAAAGCUUUCUUGCUAGACCCAGACGAAAACGGAAACUCAGAUUACCAGUUGACCAAGGCUGAGCUCGAGGGCAUCAAGUUGAUCAAUUAUUAUUCGAGGAAUGAGUUGACGGGAAGGUGGACCUACUCUACUACCGAGAAUGGGUUUGCCCACGUACUGCCUCGCGCUGGAGCCCCAGUCGAUCCCAUCGCCGAUGGCACACAAACUAUCGGCUUCUGGGUUUCCUCUACCCAGAUCACAAACGAAAAUAUCGCCGCCCAAAUCAGCCAGCCGGGCAAGGACAAGCCAACCACCGUCACCACUACCGGUGGUAUUUUCGAUUCCAUGGUCACACUCGAGGCUAUUCAGCCGGUUACCUAUACGACAGACAACGUCUCCUUCACCCGAGAGGACACGGCCGAGGGGACAUGGCGAAUCCAGACCGGGUCCAACAGCAGUACAUAUCGUUGGGAUCAGGAUAACUACUAUGUUUCCUCCCAUGAUUAUCCCUUCUUGAAAGUGGAUCGUCACCAGGUUGACACCACCGGGAAUGACAACGGCGUUGUGAGAUCGAGUGAUAUGCAGGACUCUUUUGCUUACCUCAAAGCGGGCAAAAAUGACAUUUCUAUAUUCUACAUGUUCGACGUGGGAAAGGAAAUGACCGUGAGACGCGGUCUUUACACCUGGAGUGGUUCCACCACAUAUUACAGAUACGCGCAAAUCAAGGUCAAUCAGCGAGUGAAUGCCUUGUGUCUUACCCGUCUGCUUUUCUUUAGCGGGUACACAAGUUGGUGGAAUAACUGGGACGCGAAUGCUUGGUUCACCAUAUAUGAUUUGUAUGGAAACCACGGCCACUUUUCGGUACGAACGGAAGGACAGAAUACGCUCUCUUUUACGUCCCGGAAUGUUAGAUCCCCGGCUGAGGGUACCUCGGUCGGACGCACGGUGAAAAUCUGA